UGAAACUUGAUCACAGGAAGGAGCAGUAUCAGUAUCUAAACAUUCGUCCAGACCUCCGGCUCUGGAUUGGUCAAGCAGGCGCACAUAGGGUCUGUCAUAUUCUUUAGUGCUGAUACGAGGGCGCGCGACUCGCAGCUGACGCCUGAACGCGCCGCCGACGGAAUCAUUAACGAAUCGUGAACUACUGAGGACUCUUUUACGGAUGGUUGCCGUUUUAUCUUUUGUUCAUGGGUGUCCUGCUUGUUUUAUUUGUCUGAUUCAGUCAUUCCAGGAGUUAUCAACUCUGAUGGGAAUGCAGUGGAAUACUAAAUGUUAUAGAAAGAAGGACAAGCAACACAUGGAACAAGGACUGGACCAUCAAGUUUUAACAUCAUGACAUGGGAUCAUAACAGAUUUUUUUUUUUUUUUUUUAGUCGUUUUUAUUAAAGGUCAAAUCUUUUAGUAAGAUCUGAGGUAAAAUUCUAAUGUGUAAAAAUACUUUCAAAAAUGAUUUACAAAAUUUAAUGGCACAUUUUCAACUAGCGAUUCAAUAGUCUGGAUCGUUUUUACAGACGCAACAUUUGAUUAUUCUCCUCAAGGCAUCUCAGUCUUCUGGUAAGGCUGACACUAGGGCUCGUGAGUUGGCUGUUGCCUCGAGCUGCAGCUAUGGACAUUGUGGCGAGGCAUCGUCCUUUCUCCCCAGAGACCUCACCAUGCUGAACAAUGUCUUUGACGUGUUGUACAUGAUUCUGGAGCUGCUGAUUGCCCUGCUCUCCAUCCUGGGCAAUGUGUUAGUCUGCUGGGCAGUGGGCCUCAACAGCAACCUCCAGAGCAUCACCAACUUCUUUGUUGUUUCGCUGGCCGUGGCAGACAUUGCAGUGGGUGUGCUGGCCAUCCCCUUCUCCAUCGUGAUCAGCACUGGUUUCUGUGCCAAAUUCUAUGGUUGUCUGUUCAUCGCCUGCUUCGUCCUAGUGCUGACCCAGAGCUCCAUAUUUAGUCUUCUGGCCAUCGCCAUUGACCGCUACAUUGCUAUCAAGAUCCCGUUACGAUACAACAGUCUAGUAACUGGCCAGCGUGCCAAAGGCAUCAUAGCGAUCUGCUGGGUUCUGUCGGUUAUCAUCGGGCUAACACCCAUGCUAGGCUGGCACAAAAAGAAGCCCAACAACAGCACCAACAUCAACAGCACCGACUGCCCGCCGGGCAUGAUGCAGUGUUUGUUCGAGGAGGUGGUGGUCAUGGACUACAUGGUCUACUUCAACUUCUUCGCCUGCGUGCUGCUGCCUUUGCUUCUCAUGCUGGCCAUUUACCUGCGGAUCUUCAUGGCUGCGCGCCACCAACUCAAAUGCAUUGAGUCCAAGGCCAUGCCGUGCGAGCUCAAGUCUCGCUCCACCCUGCAGAAAGAGGUCCAUGCCGCCAAGUCUCUGGCCAUCAUCGUUGGCCUGUUUGCUGUGUGCUGGUUGCCUCUGCACAUCAUCAACUGUUUCACUCUGUUUUGUCCUCAGUGUGAUCGGCCACCCGCUCUUAUCAUGUACCUGGCUAUAAUCCUUUCGCAUGCAAAUUCGGUCGUGAACCCUUUCAUCUACGCCUACCGCAUACGUGAGUUCAGAUACACCUUCCGGAAGAUUGUACGCUAUCACAUCUUGGGCAGACGGGAGCCUCUUUCUUGCAAUGGGAGCACCCGGACCUCAACCCGAACGAACGUGACAGAUUCACUUCGGAUUAAAGUCAACGGCCUGGUGCGAGACCUCUACACCGAGCAGAGCAGCACCACCAGCAGCUGUGAAAGUGCCGAACCCGGCCACACGCACAGACCUGUUGCCGCGGAAAACUCCAUAAUAGACAGCCUGCCUAUGGAACUCACUAAUUCCCACAGACAUCCGGCAGUAAGGCAUCCAGAGUCGCCGCUCACUGGUAAUAAUGAGGGCGUUGCGUCCAGGAUGCAUGCUGUAUUUGACAUUACUGAUGGGAAGGAUCUGUCCUCACCACUUCACAUUAAAUCAGCCCUGUACCUGCAAACAGCCAACUGUGUUGAACUCACUGAGGUUUCCUGAUAAAUAAUGCUGGCCGCAUAAUGGAUUCAAAUUAUUUAUUUGCUGCUCCGAAAGAAAGACAAUGUAAAUUUUUGCUUCUUUAAAGACUUGAAAUUGAUGUGGAGCCUGUAGCAGCUCAGAAGUGAGUGUGUACCGUUUAUCAUUGUAAUGAUUUUAAUGAAAAUUAAAAAAUAUAUGUAUUAAAGAGCAUGGCUGACUGAAAUGGG